AUGUCUGCACAAAACUCCGCGGGUAUCCAGACCCUGCUCGAUGCUGAGAGGGAAGCACAGAAGAUUGUUCAGAGGGCUAGAGAAUACCGCACGAAGCGUGUAAAGGAGGCCAGGGACGAGGCGAAGAAGGAAAUUGAUGCAUACAAGAAGUCUAAGGAUGAUGAGUUCAAGAAGUUCGAGUCAGAGCACACAAGCGGCAACAAGAAGGCUGAAGAGGACGCAAACAAGGAUGCCGAGCAGAAGAUAAAGGAGAUUCAAGCAGCUGGUAAGAAGGGACAAGAUGCUGUUGUGAAAGAUCUGUUAAAAGCCGUCUUCGACGUCAAGCCUGUUGUUCCGGAACGUAUUGAGGCUCCUAAAUGA